AUGGCGCAAAAAUUGAGCGCAGAGGAGGCAGCGGUCACCACAUCCAUCCCGCAUGUCCAAAAGGAAACCAAGCGGAGAUGGGUCAGCUAUAUUUGGGACACGUUCGACAAGUCGCCCGAAGAACGUCGCUUAAUCUUCAAGCUGGAUUGCGCGAUUCUGACAUUUGCGUCGCUUGGUAAGAAGACCCCGUCGAGCUAUCAAGCAAGUGCUAGUAUUAACCAACGGCUCCGUCGGCAAUCAGGAUACUUUAUCAAGUAUUUGGACCAAAUCAACCUGAAUAAUGCUUUCGUAUCAGGCAUGAAAGAAGAUCUGGGCAUGUACGGCAACCAGCUGAACUACAUGCAGACCUGCUGGACCGUAGGCUACGUGAUUGGCGAAAUCCCCAGUAAUCUUCUCUUGACGCGGCUCAAGCCACACUACUGGAUUCCGGCAGCUGAACUUCUGUGGACUAUUUUGACAUUUUCCCUGUCGCGAUGCAAUACCGCAACGCAGUUCUAUGCUCUUCGAUUCCUUAUUGGAUUGGCGGAGAGCACGUUCUACCCUGGGAUGCAGUAUAUCAUUGGAUCCUGGUACCGUAAGGACGAGCUGGCAAAACGCUCAUGCAUCUUUCAUACCAGCAGUGGAAUAGCCAGCAUGUUCUCUGGUUAUCUCAUGGACGGGGUCCUCCAUCUGGGGGGGCGUGGUGGCUUCAAGGGCUGGCAAUGGCUUUACUUGAUUAAUGGGAUUAUAUCGCUUCCAGUGGCACUGGCUGGGUUUUUCGUUCUACCAGAUGUGCCUGAGAUUUCUAAUCCAUGGUAUCUCACGAAGGAUGAGGUCCUGCUUGCACAAAAGCGGAUGGAGCUCGAGGGCAGGCAAACCAGAGGGCCUUACACAAAACAGAAGCUGAAGAAGAUAUUCCUCUCCUGGCGUAUCUACUUGCUCACAUUACUCUAUGUGCUCUUCAACAAUGCCUCUUUGGGCGGCCAACCGGUUUUCCAGCAGUUCCUCAAGGACUCCAAGAACCCUUCCUACACGACCAGUCAGGUCAAUGCCUACCCUACAACCACUUAUGCCGUUCAAGUGGUGACGACACUCGCCUAUGCGUGGUCUUCGGACACGUUUCUCCAUGGCAGCCGAUGGCCGCCUAUCAUAUUUGGUGCUGUGGUCAACAUCAUAACCGAGGCCUCUCUAGCGGCUUGGAACAUUCCAUUAGGAUGGAAAUGGGCGUGCUUUAUCCUUUCUGGCGCGGGAUAUGGACUGAGUGGUUUAUGCAUGGCAUGGGCUCAUGAAAUUUGUUCGGACGACAAUGAAGAAAGAGCUCUAGUCAUCGGCAGCAUGAACGAAAUGGCUUACGUGCUGCAAGCAUGGCUGCCGCUUAUUGUUUGGCAACAGGUUGACGCCCCCGAGGCCCAAGGAAUACCCGUCGAGGAGGGACAAGGUAGUUUUUCUGACGAGAUCAUGAAGUCAGAAGAGCAGGGAUCCCCCAAGUCCCAGGUUCUUAUUCGGCAUGAAUAG